UCUGAUGUUCAAGAUAUGUGCUCUGAAACUCAUGUCCGUGUGUCUCUGCAGGCUCUUAAUGGAUUCAUGACAGCAUUUAGACCCGUCGGGAGUUUUGUACACAACUUUGUGUCCUUGACACAGCAGCAAAACCUGUACGGUAUGCGGAGCGCCACGCUAAUGCAGGCCAUGAUUAACCUCACGCUCGCUGAGAUCGCCGCUCCUUUCAAGCAGCAGAAUUUGACCGAUGAGCUGCAGGUUGAGUUUGACCCCACAGAUAUUGACGACUGGUUCACAUAUGUGGUCUCUCCGAUGCUCAGGCGAUUCCUGCCCGGCGACCUGGACGAAAUCCCAUCCAACCUCACGGCUGUCUUCCAUAACCAGUUCUACAUCGAGACGGGGAUGGGAUCUGAAGUCCAGAAUGAAAGUCAAGACAUCUGUAGCAUCAGUAUUGACGACAGAACGUGUGCCCUGACUGACCUGGUGGAGCACGUGUCCACUAUCCUGAACUGUGCAGCACGCUCGAACUUCACGCUCACAGAGGAGACGCUCUUGGAAGUUCUCCUUCAUCUCUCCCAGAACCUCAACGCUCUUCUGCAGCAGCUCUCCAUGACUAAUUUCAGUUCCCAGAGCUCGUACUUCGGUGACAUCCUGAAUCAAAUAGAUGACACCUUCACGAUGCAGAGCUUGCAGGACGAGUCUUUUGUCAGAUUAUGGUUCCAGGUCAAACUGAAGCCUCUUCUCUCCACGCUGACUCCAGAAUAUCUCACAUGCCUCAGUCACAAAGAGUUCAGCUGCCAAACCUUCCAGCUGCUUGUUUCAGAACUAAGUGACAACAUGUUUCUGAUGUCAGGAGAAGGACCACAGGAUGUGUAUAGAUAUUUCAUCCUCUCCUAUCUAAGCCUAAAAAAUGCUUCAGGUGGUUGUCUCGCUGAAAACAGCAGCGUCUGGGUGACCCAAAACCUUGGUGGAUUUUCACACUUUGCCAUGUUAAUGGAGAUGUACCAGCUGAAGCCAGACUUUAACGCUAUCGAUGCAAUCCCAGUUCUGUCUCCGAAUCAGCUGGCUGAACUGAUUGUUGAAGAUUUUCCUGGUCUCCCAGAGAAAAGCAUCAUCAUAAAUUUAGUUUUUGAUUAUAUCCUGAUUUCUCCAGUGGAGCGUGGUCUAUUUAUGAUGCUUGAACACCUCAUCAAGCUCGCUGACGAGAUGGGUCUGGAGUGCUCUUCAUACCAGCUCAUUGUUCAGAGACUGGAGGAGUUUUUGCUUCUUCCUUACAUGAUGGAACUGAUUCAGGAGAACAUAGACCUGUUGAAACAGAUGGCCUCACCUGGCUGUUUUCCUCCACCCUUUACGUGUAUUUCAACUCCUGUCAAUGAAACCUCAAUUUGCUCUGGAGUAAACGGUGAUGAGCUGAACGCUCUUCUGUCAACUGGUCUCAUGAGCGUCUCCUGUAAUAUCAGUCUGGAUCAGUACGCUUGUUCUCCGUUGAAUGACUUUACUGCUGUAAACCUGGCAGAUCUUCUGAUGUGUCAACUAUCCAGCAACAUCAGUUCAUCAAAGGAAAUCUGGAAACUGCUCUUCACUAAAACAGAUCAGGUUCUAGAUCAAGCGCUCAUCAUCUUCUCCAGCAUGACAGAAAAUAUGACUCAGCCAAUCAGAAGUGAGUCGCUGUCUCAAGUGCUGGAUGUGAUCGCUGAACUCAGACUGGAGCCGUUGAGUCCUGACCAAUGGAAUGUGUGGUUCAAUGAGAGUCUGAAGGCCUUUUUACCGUACGCAUCAUCCACACUAUUGCAGUGCAUGAUCAGCAAAAACCUCAGCUGUCAAACCUACCAACAACUUCUUCAGGAUUUUAAUAUGCAGUUCCAUCUAAUGGAUGAGAUGCAGAGAAGCAACAUGACGGAGUUCUUCAUCUUGCCCUUCCUCAGAAGAAACACAACAGAUCAAGGCUGUUUGCUCAGUUCUAACAGCAGCACUGAGUGGCUUCAGAUGAACUUUGGGUUGUUUGUUCAGUUCGUGUCUCUCAGAGAUCUGCUCUUCAUCGACCCAUUCUUUAAUCCUUUGGAGACUCUGGAUUAUCUCUCUGCAAACCAAAUGGUUGAACUGAUGGUUGAUGAUCUUCCUGAACUUACAGAGAAAGAUCUGAUCAUCAAUGAAGUGUUUGAUUAUCUGCUGGUGUCUCCUGUGGAACGAGGACUUCCUGAUGUUCUUCAAAUCCUGCUCAUACGCUCACAGACGACCAUUAUUCCAUGCAGUUCUUAUCUACUGAUUUUUGAGAAGUUGUUCAAUGCUUCAUCUUCUUUGCCAUCAUACAUGGAGACUCUGGUCCUUCAAAAAACUACAGAACUCAAGCAGAAUGGAGCAAAAGGCUGUAAACUUCCUCAACCUCCAACAUGUAUAUCUACAUUGGUCAAUGCUACCAGAGUCUGUGAAGGAGUCAACAGUGAUGAGCUGAACUCUCUUCUGUCAACUGGUCUCAUGAGCGUCUUCUGUAAUAUCAGUCUGGAUCAGUACGCUUGUUCUCCGUUGAAUGACUUUACUGCUGUAAACCUGGCAGAUCUUCUGAUGUGUCAACUAUCCAGCAACAUCAGUUCAUCAAAGGAAAUCUGGAAACUGCUCUUCACUAAAACAGAUCAGGUUCUAGAUCAAGCGCUCAUCAUCUUCUCCAGCAUGAUAGAAAAUAUGACUCAGCCAAUAAGAAGUGAGUCGCUGUCUCAAGUGCUGGAUGUGAUCGCUGAACUCAGACUGGAGCCGUUGAGUCCUGACCAAUGGAAUGUGUGGUUCAAUGAGAGUCUGAAGGCCUUUUUACCGUACGCAUCAUCCACACUAUUGCAGUGCAUGAUCAGCAAAAACCUCAGCUGUCAAACCUACCAACAACUUCUUCAGGAUUUUAAUAUGCAGUUCCAUCUAAUGGAAGAGAUGCAGAGAAGCAACAUGAUGGAGUUCUUCAUCUUGCCCUUCCUCAGAAGAAACACAACAGAUCAAGGCUGUUUGCUCAGUUCUAACAGCAGCACUGAGUGGCUUCAGAUGAACUUUGGGUUGUUUGUUCAGUUCGUGUCUCUCAGAGAUCUGCUCUUCAUCGACCCAUUCUUUAAUCCUUUGGAGACUCUGGAUUAUCUCUCUGCAAACCAAAAGGUUGAACUGAUGGUUGAUGAUCUUCCUGAACUUACAGAGAAAGAUCUGAUCAUCAAUGAAGUGUUUGAUUAUCUGCUGGUGUCUCCUGUGGAACGAGGACUUUCUGAUGUUCUUCAAAUCCUGCUCAUACGCUCACAGACGACCAUUAUUCCAUGCAGUUCUUAUCUACUGAUUUUUGAGAAGUUGUUCAAUGCUUCAUCUUCUUUGCCAUCAUACAUGGAGACUCUGGUCCUUCAAAAAACUACAGAACUCAAGCAGAAUGGAGCAAAAGGCUGUAAACUUCCUCAACCUCCAACAUGUUUAACUACAUUGGUCAAUGCUACCAGAGUCUGUGAAGGAGUCAACAGUGAUGAGCUGAACGCUCUUCUGUCAACUGGUCUCAUGAGCGUCUCCUGUAAUAUCAGUCUGGAUCAGUACGCUUGUUCUCCGUUGAAUGACUUUACUGCUGUAAACCUGGCAGAUCUUCUGAUGUGUCAACUAUCCAGCAACAUCAGUUCAUCAAAGGAAAUCUGGAAACUGCUCUUCACUAAAACAGAUCAGGUUCUAGAUCAAGCGCUCAUCAUCUUCUCCAGCAUGACAGAAAAUAUGACUCAGCCAAUCAGAAGUGAGUCGCUGUCUCAAGUGCUGGAUGUGAUCGCUGAACUCAGACUGGAGCCGUUGAGUCCUGACCAAUGGAAUGUGUGGUUCAAUGAGAGUCUGAAGGCCUUUUUACCAUACGCAUCAUCCACACUAUUGCAGUGCAUGAUCAGCAAAAACCUCAGCUGUCAAACCUACCAACAACUUCUUCAGGAUUUUAAUAUGCAGUUCCAUCUAAUGGAUGAGAUGCAGAGAAACAACAUGACGGAGUUCUUCAUCUUGCCCUUCCUCAGAAGAAACACAACAGAUCAAGGCUGUUUGCUCAGUUCUAACAGCAGCACUGAGUGGCUUCAGAUGAACUUUGGGUUGUUUGUUCAGUUCGUGUCUCUCAGAGAUCUGCUCUUCAUCGACCCAUUCUUUAAUCCUUUGGAGACUCUGGAUUAUCUCUCUGCAGACCAAAAGGUUGAACUGAUGGUUGAUGAUCUUCCUGAACUUACAGAGAAAGAUCUGAUCAUCAAUGAAGUGUUUGAUUAUCUGCUGGUGUCUCCUGUGGAACGAGGACUUCCUGAUGUUCUUCAAAUCCUGCUCAUACGCUCACAGACGACCAUUAUUCCAUGCAGUUCUUAUCUACUGAUUUUUGAGAAGUUGUUCAAUGCUUCAUCUUCUUUGCCAUCAUACAUGGAGACUCUGGUCCUUCAAAAAACUACAGAACUCAAGCAGAAUGGAGCAAAAGGCUGUAAACUUCCUCAACCUCCAACAUGUAUAUCUACAUUGGUCAAUGCUACCAGAGUCUGUGAAGGAGUCAACAGUGAUGAGCUGAACGCUCUUCUGUCAACUGGUCUCAUGAGCGUCUCCUGUAAUAUCAGUCUGGAUCAGUACGCUUGUUCUCCGUUGAAUGACUUUACUGCUGUAAACCUGGCAGAUCUUCUGAUGUGUCAACUAUCCAGCAACAUCAGUUCAUCAAAGGAAAUCUGGAAACUGCUCUUCACUAAAACAGAUCAGGUUCUAGAUCAAGCGCUCAUCAUCUUCUCCAGCAUGAUAGAAAAUAUGACUCAGCCAAUCAGAAGUGAGUCGCUGUCUCAAGUGCUGGAUGUGAUCGCUGAACUCAGACUGGAGCCGUUGAGUCCUGACCAAUGGAAUGUGUGGUUCAAUGAGAGUCUGAAGGCCUUUUUACCGUACGCAUCAUCCACACUAUUGCAGUGCAUGAUCAGCAAAAAGCUCAGCUGUCAAACCUACCAACAACUUCUUCAGGAUUUUAAUAUGCAGUUCCAUCUAAUGGAAGAGAUGCAGAGAAGCAACAUGACGGAGUUCUUCAUCUUGCCCUUCCUCAGAAGAAACACAACAGAUCAAGGCUGUUUGCUCAGUUCUAACAGCAGCACUGAGUGGCUUCAGAUGAACUUUGGGUUGUUUGUUCAGUUCGUGUCUCUCAGAGAUCUGCUCUUCAUCGACCCAUUCUUUAAUCCUUUGGAGACUCUGGAUUAUCUCUCUGCAGACCAAAAGGUUGAACUGAUGGUUGAUGAUCUUCCUGAACUUACAGAGAAAGAUCUGAUCAUCAAUGAAGUGUUUGAUUAUCUGCUGGUGUCACCUGUGGAACGAGGACUUCCUGAUGUUCUUCAAAUCCUGCUCAUACGCUCACAGACGACCAUUAUUCCAUGCAGUUCUUAUCUACUGAUUUUUGAGAAGUUGUUCAAUGCUUCAUCUUCUUUGCCAUCAUACAUGGAGACUCUGGUCCUUCAAAAAACUACAGAACUCAAGCAGAAUGGAGCAAAAGGCUGUAAACUUCCUCAACCUCCAACAUGUAUAUCUACAUUGGUCAAUGCUACCAGAGUCUGUGAAGGAGUCAACAGUGAUGAGCUGAACGCUCUUCUGUCAACUGGUCUCAUGAGCGUCUCCUGUAAUAUCAGUCUGGAUCAGUACGCUUGUUCUCCGUUGAAUGACUUUACUGCUGUAAACCUGGCAGAUCUUCUGAUGUGUCAACUAUCCAGCAACAUCAGUUCAUCAAAGGAAAUCUGGAAACUGCUCUUCACUAAAACAGAUCAGGUUCUAGAUCAAGCGCUCAUCAUCUUCUCCAGCAUGACAGAAAAUAUGACUCAGCCAAUCAGAAGUGAGUCACUGUCUCAAGUGCUGGAUGUGAUCGCUGAACUCAGACUGGAGCCGUUGAGUCCUGACCAAUGGAAUGUGUGGUUCAAUGAGAGUCUGAAGGCCUUUUUACCAUACGCAUCAUCCACACUAUUGCAGUGCAUGAUCAGCAAAAACCUCAGCUGUCAAACCUACCAACAACUUCUUCAGGAUUUUAAUAUGCAGUUCCAUCUAAUGGAAGAGAUGCAGAGAAGCAACAUGAUGGAGUUCUUCAUCUUGCCCUUCCUCAGAAGAAACACAACAGAUCAAGGCUGUUUGCUCAGUUCUAACAGCAGCACUGAGUGGCUUCAGAUGAACUUUGGGUUGUUUGUUCAGUUCGUGUCUCUCAGAGAUCUGCUCUUCAUCGACCCAUUCUUUAAUCCUUUGGAGACUCUGGAUUAUCUCUCUGCAAACCAAAAGGUUGAACUGAUGGUUGAUGAUCUUCCUGAACUUACAGAGAAAGAUCUGAUCAUCAAUGAAGUGUUUGAUUAUCUGCUGGUGUCUCCUGUGGAACGAGGACUUCCUGAUGUUCUUCAAAUCCUGCUCAUACGCUCACAGACGAAUCCUCUCAGCUGUCAGUCAAACCAGAUCAUUUUCAUGAAACUUGAGCAGAUCUUGAGAAGAUCAGCCGGUGAUUUGGAGCCGAUGAUCUGGAUGAGUCUUUAUAACUUUAACAGCACAGCACCUGCAGAUUGCUCAUUACUACCAAUUCCGAAUGAGUGCCAGUUGAUUCCAUACAAUGUGACUCAGGUGUGCAGUGGUGUAGACAGCUCUUCAUUACAGCAAUACUUGAACAAUGCAAACACUACACAGACGUUCUGUGACUUCAGCAUUGGACAAUACGCCUGCACACCGACGUUGAGUAUCAGCGUGAAGGAUCUUGUCUCUAUACUGGACUGUCAGCGAUCUGAAAAUGUGAUGAGCUCACCUGAAACCUGGAAACUUUUCCUCAUCAAAGUUUCACAUCUGCUUGACUCUGCUCUCAACACCAUCUACAACACGUCGAUGUGGUGGAGUGACCCGUCGGGCUCCGUUAUUCUGGAUGUGCUGCGAGAGCUGCGAUUGGACGGACUGACAGAUGACGGCGUCAUUGCGACGUGGUUGGAUGAACGUCUCAGAUCGUUCCUGCCGUUUGCUUCUGGAGCGUUCCUGCAGUGUUUGAGCCACAAAAACUUCAGCUGCCAGAACUUCCAGACAAUCGUUGCAGCGUUUGAUGCAGGAUUUGAUCGUAUGGAUGAGCUUCAGCGACAGACGACACUGACAGAAUUCAUCCUACCGUUGAUCACGAGAGAGACAGCAGAUGUGGCGUGUCCGUCCAAUGACAGCGCUCGAUGGCUCAUCAGUAAUUUUGGACAGUUUUCUACACUCCUGACUCUCAAUGAGCUGAUCGCUCUCAACCCACAACUCAACCUGUUGGAGAUCCUUGACUAUCUCUCUCCUGAGCAGUUAGCUGGACUGAUUGUUGAUGAUCGUCCAGAGAAAGAGGUGGUCAUUAAUCAAGUGUUUAUUCACCUCGCUGGGUCUCCACAGAAAAUUCCAGACGUUCUAUACUUCCUGGUUGAAAUGUCAAAGAUGAACAACAUCUCUUGUGUUUCAUACCAAGCCAUUUUCCACCGUCUGGAUCAUCUGCUGGUCAGUGUGUCAGUGGAUCUAGAGACAAUUAUUCUGAGGAGUCGAUCGGCUCUGCUGCAGGAUGUGCCACAGGGUUGUAUGAGCUACAAAGGGGCGUGUGACAUCACUCCAGUGAAUGAAACGGCAGCAUGCAGCAAUGUCAACAGCUCGGCUCUGUUGGCGUAUCUUAACUCACCUCAUAAUGGCAGUCAGCUGUGUGAUUUCAGCAUAACACAAUACUCAUGUACAGAGUUGACAGAUCUGAGCUCACAGGACCUAGCGACGGUGUUGCUGUGCAGUUUCCAUGGUAACGAGAACGUGUCAGAUGAGACAUGGAAACUUUUUGUGCAGAAGGUCAAUCCUGUGAUGGGUCCUGCAUUAGACCGACUGAGUGACACGAUGCUGAAUAAGUCCCGCCUCUCAGUCUCAUUCUUGAAUAUGAUUGGUGAGGUGACUCUGAGCACCUUCGGCUCGUCCAGUCUACAAGACGAUUUGUUUGUCCAGCACUGGUUUAACAGCAGGCUCCGCCCAUUUUUACCUCACUCAUCUGAAGCGUUUCUGUCCUGUCUCUCCACCAAAAACUUCAGCUGUGACACCUUCAGGACUGUUGUGAACAGCUUCAGUCAGAGUUAUGACCUCAUGUCCACCGAUACACAAGCCAACGCUUAUGUGGACUUCAUCAAAAUCUUCCUCUCGCUCAACUCCACUAAAGGUUGUGUGGAUGGAACUGAGAGCAGCUCUGAUUGGCUGAAGAUGAACUUUGGAGCUUUCAAUGUUUUCACAACAAUCAACGACCUGCAGACAAUCAAUCCAUCAUUCAAUGUGUUUGACACGCUGAGUCUGUUGAGCAUCAGACAGUUAGUGGAGGUGUCCAGUACUCCUGGUCUCCUGUCCACCAGUGCCGAAGCUAACCAACUGCUGUCAAUCAUACCAGACAAUCAACUCACAACGUACUACACUUCACUGUCUACAGCACUACAGGUUGAGGGUGUGUCUCUGCCUCCUCCAGUGCAGGAAGUGUUUCUACAGCAGGUGUUUGACAGAGCAAAUCUCACAACAAUAUCAGAUGCUGAGCUUCAGGUCUGGAUCCUGGACAUUCUGCCUCCAUUCAUAACAAACAUCACAGCCCAACACGUCACAGCGUACUUCAGCGUCCUUCAGGGACGACCCUGCAACAUCAGCCAACAGGGGGUGCAGCUGUUGAGCUCAUCCAUCUCCACCUUCCAACCUGCAACACAAGAUCAGAUCUACCAACAGAUCCUCAACUCUCUCCAAGGCUCCACCCCGCUGCGUUGUUAUGGUAACCAGAGUUUCUUAUCUUUCCUGCAAUCAUCCUUCAUGAGUUUCCAGUUCCCGAAUCUGAGCACGUUCCUGCUGCUGAUGCCGCCCGGCCGCGUGCCCGAGCUGAUGGAUUCGAUCUCACCAGCGGAGAUCAACACGUUACUCAGUCGUCCUGGCGCCGUGGAUGACCUUACCAAAGUCUGCCAGCUUCUCUCCACCUACCCGAAAACUCCACAGUACUUAGAGACGGAGCCCGUGUUGUCCGUGGCUUUGGGCAGACAGAUGUUGUCCUGCGUCUGGUCUCAGGUUCUGAGGAUGGUGAACCGGUCUGAGGUGGAUCAGUGGUUCGAUCAUCGACUCGUUCAGUAUCUGCCCUUCCUCACUUCACAGCUCAUCGCUCCAGACGUCAUGCGAGACUCCUCCUGCGUCUCUUUCAGCAAGUUUGUUUCUGUGAUGGGUAAAUAUAACUACAGUGCGGUGGACUUUUCUCAGAGAGACAUCUACAGCACUAUUAAAGUCUACCUGAACACCACUUCAACUCCUAAAUGUUAUAACGCAUCUCAACCCGAUCUCAACUCCACCGCCUGGUUCGCCAACUACAUCGGCACGUUCGUGAGCUUCAUCACUUUGGAUGACCUGACGCUCCUCUUCGGUUCCUCACAGCUUCAGCCGUUCACGGUCAACCUGGAGAACCUGCAGCUCUUCAAUAACGUGAACAUUCCUGAUAACGUCACCGAGUUUUACAUCACUCUGCUCUUCCAGGAGAACCCGAACUUCAACGCAUUCAAUCUUCCUGAAAAGUUUCGCUGUUUGGCUCCCGCAAGCUCUUUCCGUCAUUUGACUAUGGAGCAGUUAGACAUCGUCUCUCCCAGCUUCCAUCAGAACUGCAAGAACAUCCAACCUGACGUGUCGGCUGCUCUGGCCAGUAACGCACAAGUCCUGACGCUGGACAGCAUCCAGGCUCUGGGUCAGUCGUGUACGGGUCUAAGCACGGCUCAGCUCAACAGCGCUGGACCACAGGUUCUGCUCAGCGCUCUGUCGCUCUUCAGCACUGUGAUUGGCUGGAACCAAGACCAGGCCAUGACCAUCAUCCAAAUCCUGCUGUCGUCUAAUCUUUACCAGAUUAACAGUGCGUCCAGUCUUCAGGGUCUUGGUUCACUCAUCAUUGGCGUUUCAUCAUCUUUUAUUAACCUCAUGCCCAGCAGUGAGGUGCUCAUGUCUGUCCAAUCAGCUUCAUUUGUGACCAACGCCAUCACCUCACCCGUUAUCGUUCAACAGACUAUUGUCAAUCAGAUUAUUGCUGUGAAUACAUCACAUGAUGCCAUAGUCGAUAACGUUCCUGACCUCAUGGCAACAGAGGUCCCGCGGAUCUUCCUGAUUGAUCUUUCACCUGGUGUGGCACAAAAGAUCAAUCACAAGAAAUGGAAACAAGAACAGGCUAUUUUACUCUUUGAAACCGUUGCCAUGAAGAUCAGUGAUCCAGAAAGCAUCUCUUUUCAAGUGCUUCAGGGUUUCACAUGUACACGAGUUCAGAGCUUUACCACACUUCAGAUCAAUAAUCUGAUUCGUGGCUGCCGGCGACGCAACAAUCAGACGGUCGUCCUGCAGGAGUCACAGCUGACAUGCAUGUAUUACUACAUUAAGAGCGCUGAUCCCAGUGCAUUCUCUCAGUAUCCGGCGGAGACGCUCCUCUAUUACGAUUACUCUCUCGUUCAAACAUCUCUCUGCUCGUCGUAUUUCUCUGCGCUGGGUAAAGCCGACUUCUCAGUGUUGUCCAGCACGCUCUCCUUUAAAAAGCAAACACUAUUCAAUAAUGCCAAGGGCUGUCUGGGCAUAUCCGGCUUUAAUAUCAGUCGCGAGCAGCUGGAUGUUAUGGGAAAUAUGUGUUGUAUCCUGAGCGCUGACUACAUUGUGAACUCCAACCCAUACGUGCUGGAAAAACUCAAAGAUUGUCCAGAUUUAUCAGACGAGCAGACCUCUGCUAUAGAGACACUUCUACUGACCGGAAAGACAUCCUAUGGACCUUCAGAUAUGUGGAACAGAUCGACUCUGGACAAUCUGGGAUCUCUGUCUCUCUAUUUCACCUCUAACAUAUGGAGCAAAUUCACGCAGCCAAUCAAACAGCAGUUUCAGAAGACAUUUAUACGUGGGUUGAGGAAGAACGACAAAGAUUUAGAGAAGAAGUUAAUAAAGAUGAUGAAAGAGUCGAGCAAAAGCUCAAGAACCAAGAGAGACACUGUCACAGAAUGUACAGUAGGACAAAUAACGCAGGUGGAGGUUUACAGCAAUAUGUUUCCAUUUGACUACGACGUGACUCAGUUUAAUGUCUGUUUGAGUGUUCAAACGGUGAAGUACAACCUGGCGGCCAUCACAGAUAAAGUUUAUGACCCUCAGUAUCAGCGAAUAGUCCUGGACAAACUCAACCAGGCGUAUCCAGGCGGACUCUCUGAUGAGGUGCUGCAGGUUUUAGGCCCCACCUCCCGCGUGGCCACGUCCAGUGACAUCACAAGUUGGAACGUGACGAAGAUCGACACGCUUGCGUCUCUGAUGAACUCGCGCAAUGGAGACUGGGACCCAGUGUUGGUGUCUCUGAUCGUCAGUAAAUAUUUGGGUGUGAAAGGAAACAGCCUUGGCAUCGCUGAACUCAACUCGCUGGGAUCAAACGUUUGUGCCCUCGACACAAAUGUGCUGAACGGCAUCGCAACAGCCAGUGUGGAACGGGCGAGUGCUCUUGCGCUGACCAACUGCACUUUAGAGAAGAAGAAAAUAAUGUUCAGCAUCGCUCAUACUGCAUUCAGCCCAACAAACAGACGCGGUACAGACAGAAUCAGCCUUACAACAUACCAGCUCAUCCAAUCUUACCUCGGUGGUGCUAAUACUACAUUUGUUUAUAAACUGGUCAAUUCUGACGUCAAUAUGGAUGUGCCGACCUUUAUGAGUCUGGAUCAGAGCGUCAUCAAUGUGCUGAAUGUGACUGAUGUGAAGAAUUUGUUGGGGGUGAAUGUCGGAGAUCUGAAGACGUAUGAAAGCGCGUCACAGAUACAGGAGUGGGUUAGACUGCAGCUGCAGUCGGAUCUGGACACGCUCAAGAUCGGACUCAAGGGCGGCAGGAACGCCACGUUAACCACGGCCAAACCUUCUGUCAGCAUCAGCACCACUAAAGGCAAAGUCACAGGAGCGAACACUGUCGCCACUACAGGCGCUGGUUUCAGAGUUUGGCCACCUGUGUGUCUGCAGCUCCUCCUAUUGGCAGUUACCAUGAUGGUGCUGCACUGAUGUCAUUGUUAUACCUCUGGAUUUACUCUCUCUUUCUCUCACAUAUUUAAGAGUUUCUGCACUUUAAUGUAUUAUAAUGUCUUUUAUUACUCUGGUUAAGGAGAAUAUUUAAGCCCAGAGACCUCACGAGAGAGAAAGCGAUAAAGGCUUUUCGAGUUUCCUCCUGUGAGGUCUCUCCACGCUUAAUUUUAGUUCAUCUUCCUACAACCUUCACUAGGAAGAUCAUAACAGAAGAAAUGAAAUAAACAAUUAUGACCUACAUUUACAAUGACCUACAUUUACAUCUGUGUACAAAUCAAGUCUUUUAAUAAAUUAUAUUCAAAUA